AUUCUGAGUCCAAGUGGAGCCAGCGAGCUGAGUGGUUGUGUGGUUGAGUCUCGGAGACCCGUAGCACUAGCAGCAUGGCUGACCAGCUGACUGAGGAGCAGAUUGCGGAAUUCAAAGCUUUUUCACUAUUUGACAAGGAUGGUGAUGGGACUAUUACAACAAAGGAAUUGGGAACUGUAAUGAGGUCUCUUGGGCAGAAUCCUACAGAAGCAGAGUUACAGGACAUGAUUAAUGAAGUAGAUGCUGAUGGUAAUGGCACAAUUGACUUCCCGGAAUUUCUGACAAUGAUGGCAAGAAAAAUGAAAGACACAGACAGUGAAGAAGAAAUUAGAGAAGCAUUCCGUGUGUUCGAUAAGGAUGGCAAUGGCUACAUUAGUGCAGUAGAACGUUGCCAUGUGAUGACAAGCCUUGGAGAGAAGUUAACAGAUGAAGAGGUUGAUGAAGUGAUCAGGGAAGCAGAUAUUGAUGGCGAUGGUCAAGUAAACUAUGAAGAGUUUGUACAAAUGAUGACAGCAAAGUGAAGACAUUGUACAGAAUGUGUUAAAUGUCUUGUACAAAAUUGUUUGCCUUUUGUUUGUAACUUAUCUGCAAAAGGUUUCCCCUACUGUCAAAAAAUAUGCAUGUAGAGUAAUUAGGACUUCAUUCCUCCAUGUUUUCUUCUGCUAUUGUCAUUGUCCCAAAACCUUAUUUUAGAAAAUUGAUCAAGUAACAUGUUGCAUGUGGCUUACUCUGGAUAUAUCUAAGCCCUUCUACA